AACGAUUUUGGUCAGAAUUAUUUCAGCUGUCGAAUCAAGCGGAUCUCCAGCGAACGGAUACGAAUUUCAAAGUGGAAACGAGCAACGACAUCGGCCAUAUCAGCAAUUAUUUUAUAGUGAAAUCGAAUCCAUAGCCAUAGUGACUUUAAUACGUAUGCAAUCAAAAUGAUGCGACUAUUGCAGUCUCGUGCAGCAGCAUGCUGCACAAAAGAAACAAUUACAAAGUCAUUCAGUAGAUGGCGCCAUCAUGGACGUGUUAUAGCCAUACGUCGUGAAGAUCAAUCAGUUUGGGAGCGUAGAGCUGCACUUGGCCCCUCUCAUGUCCAGAAGCUGGUUAAGCAAGGUGUAAAGGUUAUAGUGCAACCAUCAAAUCGUCGUGCCUAUCCCAUGCAGGCCUACCUGCAAGCUGGUGCCAUCAUCCAAGAGGACAUCAGCGAGGCUUCCGUUAUAUUUGGGGUGAAGCAAGUGCCCAUCGAUGCUCUCAUACCGGGCAAGACCUACUGUUUCUUCUCGCACACCAUCAAAGCGCAGGAGUCGAAUAUGCCCCUGUUGGAUGCCAUUCUGGAGAAGAAGAUUCGCUUAAUCGACUACGAACGCAUCAUCGACGAGCGCGGAGCCAGACAGGUGGCGUUUGGCAAGUACGCCGGUGUUGCUGGUAUGGUUAACAUUUUACAUGGCUUGGGCUUGCGUCUGUUGGCUCUGGGUCACCACACACCUUUCAUGCACAUUGGCCCAGCUCACAACUAUCGCAACUCGUCCAUGGCCCGUCAAGCUAUCAGAGAUUGUGGCUACGAAAUUGCUUUGGGCAUGAUGCCAAAGUCAAUUGGUCCUCUCACCUUUGUCUUCACUGGCUCCGGAAAUGUCUCCCAAGGUGCUCAGGAAGUUUUCCAGGAACUGCCAAUUGAGUAUGUACCUCCAGAAAUGUUGAGAAAAGUUGCCGAGCACGGAAGUCAAAAUAAACUUUACGGCUGUGAGGUCAGUCGAUCGGACCAUUUGGAACGUCGCGAGGGAGGUGGCUUUGAUGCCAAGGAGUAUGACGAAUUUCCCGAACGCUAUAUUUCCACGUUUAGCCAAAAGAUUGCACCAUACGCCUCGGUUAUUGUGAACGGCAUUUAUUGGGCUGUGGGAAGUCCUAAAUUGAUCAGUAUUCCCGAUGCCAAAAAUCUGUUACGACCAGCCAACACUCCUUGGUUACCCACCAGCAAGGGCAGCCCCUCCUUGCCUCAUCGCAUGUUGGCCAUCUGUGAUAUUUCUGCUGAUCCUGGCGGUUCCAUUGAGUUCAUGAACGAAUGCACCACAAUUGACACACCCUUCUGCCUUUAUGAUGCCGAUCGCAACAAGGACACCAAGAGUUUCAAGGGCCCCGGUGUUUUGGUGUGCUCAAUCGACAACAUGCCCACACAGAUACCCCGUGAAGCUACCGACAUGUUUGGUGAAUUGUUAACACCAUUCGUUAGUGACAUCAUCAAGAGCGAUGCCAAGAAACCACUGGAGGAGGAAAACUUUGCCUAUCCGAUCAAAUCGGCUAUUAUUGCCAGCAAUGGAAAACUAACAGAUAACUAUCAGUACAUUCAGGAGCUUCGUGAAGCCAACAAUUAUCGUUCACGUCACAAGAUUGAAGGUCGUUCAGAUGCCGACAAAAAGGUGUUGGUCUUAGGAGCCGGUAUGGUCUCGGCCCCCUUAGUUGAAUGGUUGCAUCGUGAAAAGGAUGUUUCGAUCACGGUUUGUUCGCAGGUUAAAGAAGAAGCUGACCGCUUGGCCAACCAAUAUGCCGGUGUGGACAGUCUUUACCUAAAUGUCACCGAGAGCACCGAUCAUCUGCAAGAACUUUGCGGUAAGGCCGAUGUGGUGGUUUCCUUGUUGCCCUACAGCUUACAUGGCAUGGUGGCCAAGUACUGCGUAGCUGAGAAGACUCACAUGGUCACUGCCAGUUAUGUAAAUGAUGAAAUCAGCGCUCUUCACGACGAGGCUCGUCGCAAUGGCGUGACAAUUAUGAAUGAAGUCGGUUUGGAUCCUGGUAUCGAUCACUUUUUGGCAUUGGAAUGUAUUCAUGAGGUCCAGGAAAAGGGUGGCGUUGUUGAAUCUUUUGUAAGUUUCUGCGGUGGCCUACCAGCUCCUGAGCAUUCAGAUAACGCGCUGCGUUACAAAUUCUCUUGGUCCCCACGCGGUGUCUUAUUGAACACUCUGUCCGCUGCCAAGUACUUGAGCAAGGGACAAAUUGUGGAAAUUUCCGGUGGUGGCGAUCUCAUGUCAAAUCCAAAGAGCUUAGACUUUUUGCCUGGUUUCGCCUUGGAAGGUUUCCCCAAUCGCGACUCUACCAAGUAUGCUGAGCUUUACGGUCUAGGACGUGACAUACACACCUGCUUGAGGGGUACAAUUCGCUACAAGGGCUUCUCGGAAUCAAUUCAACCCAUGCAACUGUUGGGUUUGAUUGAUCCUGAACCCCAUUCGCUGUUGCAUCCAAGUGGACCUGAUCUAACAUGGCGUCAGCUCGUGAUCCAUAUGUUGGGUCUGGUGGACACCAGUAUUUUCUAUGAAAAUUUGAAACAAAAACUAGUCGAACGUAUUGGAGAUGCUGACUGCUUAGAAAGUUUGGGAUUGUUGGAUGAGACUCCUGUUGUGAAGUUGAACACUCCCUUGGACACUUUGAGCCAUUAUCUUGCUAAUCGUUUGGCCUUUGAACGCAACGAACGCGAUUUGGUUAUUUUGCGCCACGAGGUAGGCAUUCGCUGGCAAGAUGGCCGUCGUGAGGAACGUGGCAUUAAUUUUGUCGUAUACGGUCAACCACAUGGUCACUCCGCCAUGGCCAUGACCGUUGGCAAGCCAGCUGCCAUUGCUGCCAAAAUGAUUUUGGAUGGAGAGAUCCAGGAACGUGGCGUUGUCCUUCCCUUCACUCCAGACAUCUAUCGACCAAUGCUUCAGCGUUUACGUGCCGAAGGUUUGACGGCAACCGAAACCACAAAAUGGAUCCAGUAAAUAGCAACACCGGCUUUGUGUAAUUAUAUGUUUUGUAAUAUUGUAUUUAAUAUUAGCUACGUAGAGUAAGAAUUUUGAAAAAAAAAAAUAAAAAAAUAAUA